UCCCCAAAAUUCAUUUAAUAAAUAUUUAAACAACCAUGCUACUUGGGUUUUUUUAAAAGGUUCUUUAGAUAGAAGACAUAUAUGCUUAAAAAGUUCUUUUGUAUCAUAUCAUAUACCAUUCAGUAAAAAAGGAAACAGCAUUUCCCUACAGGAAAAAAAUUUUUUUUUUGUGAUACUAUAUGAUGUUUGUACAACGAAUGCACUUGUAACUUUAGCGGUUUUAAAUGACUUCAGUAAGACCUGAACACAACUGAAUUCUGAUUUUCAGUUAUUUUUUAAAUAAAGGAAGCUUACUUUGAAAUGUAUAGGAUUUUUCCCCUAAUAAAUCAGUAUUAGAUAAAUUAGGUAAAUUUGUUGUUGGCUUGCAACUUGCUGGGGUGGAAAAAAUGCCCAAUAAUUUCAAUUAAUGAAAAGAGGUUUUUUCAUCUUAUAUGUGAUCAGUAAGUCGAGGUCGGAACACAUUUUUAAUAAUUAAUUUUUAGAUUGUUCUUUAAUAAAAACAAAGCAUGUGAUGGAAAUUGCUUGGAUAAAGCCAUGAAUCAGAACUCCAAAGGACCACAAACAAGCUAGAAUGGUGGUCCAUGUCUAAUGAGAUGAAAUUUCAUAAGUUGUUUUUUUUUUUUAAGUGCAAGUAUAGGUUUAUGUUAAUAGCCAGGUGGUUUUGGUAGACUGCAAACUGGAUUUGAAGUGUGAGUCUCAACAAUGUGUCAUGGCAGACAAGAAGCUAAUGAGAUAAAGUGCAUUUAACAAAAUAUGGCAUCUGAAGUAUUGUGGGCAUGAUAAUUUAGGAGGAGUGUUGGGAAACUAAACUAGAUCUAGAGGAAGACAACCCAGGAUAUUGAGAUUCAGAAUGAUGCCAAAUGAAGAUAAAUUGAAGGAAUGGAGGAACAUUAAUCCAAAGUAAAAAAGAGGUUGGAAACAGUUUCAGUCUAAGGAAAUUGAAGAGUUGUCAGAUUUAAGAGGACGUUCAAUUUAAAAUAUCUUGGCCCCAAAGGACAGACAGAACCAGCAUCAGUGCAGGAAAGUGCAGAGGGACAGAAUUCAACAAUAUAAUUUUAUUACAGAUUGAUUUAAGAAUGGAAUAGGCUUUUUAGGAAAUAGUACAUCCUGCCCUUCACUGGACAUCUUCAAGGAAGGAACAGAUGGUUAAAUAUUUCUCAGGUAUAUUGAAGAAGAUUCACAAAGUAGGAAUUGAACUAGAUUACCUCUGAACUUUUGUCUGCUUCUAGGAUUCUGUGAAUAUGUGACUAUGUUCUAUAUUUUUACUAAUCAGUAAUAAUAAUGCUCUGUCAACUGUUAUAUUUUAGGAGCAAUCCAGACCUUUUAACUUCAUUUGCAUGGAAAGCACCACAGAUGAAGACUAGUGUAAUUUAAUAGUCUGAGAGAGUUUCAUGGGGCACUGAGAGUUUAAGUAACCUGCUUAUGGUCAUAUAGUUCAUAUGUAUUAGAGGUGAAACUUGAACACUUCCUGACUCCACAUCAGCCUUCUAUCCAUUAUAGGGUGCUGCCCCUCAGGUGCUGGAUUUAGAGUUCAGCGGAGUCCCAGCAUUUUGUUGCUUAGAGAAGAGAGUGUUGAUAUUGAUCAAUAUCCUUCCACAUGAAAUAUGCAAAAUAUUCUGUCAUCAAGUUGGAACAGAGAGGCACAACUGAAUUUCUCAUAUAUUUGUGUUCUCUCUGUUUAACCAUUGCCAAGCAUUAAAAAUCUUGCAUUUAUAUGGUGUUUUUGCCUUAAAGAUGUUAAAUAUCCCAUACAUUAUUUCUUUUAUUGGUUUGUUUAAAGUGGAAGCUAACAUAAUUCAUCAAAACCAUGAUGAUUUCAUAUCCUUAUCACUUAUAACACUCCCUAUUUAGAAAAUGGCAGAGGGUCAGGUGGUUUAAAGUGAUUGGAAGGAUUGUGAUACUGGUUGCAUAAUUUAUACAUCUUUAGCAUUGAAAGGAGGGGACCUUAGAAAUUAUUUAAUUUGUUUCCUGUUAAUAUGGAAAUCCAUUUCCCCUGCAUCCUCUACACUAAGAUAUGAGACCACAGAACUAUGUGUACAUAUGUUCUCAUAGGGAAAGGGUAGAGUACAAAAUUAGAAAUCAGGCAGGGUAAUUAAAAAGAAGGUACAUAAUAGGUAGGCCAAGACUUCUGUGAUCAAAAUUUAAAUAUGACUUAAGUUUUGAGGAAAAGUAUUUAUUAUUUGGUUAUUACUAUUUAGACACUAUUGAUCAAUUUCAAGCUCCUUAAGAAACAAUUCAGGAAGCAAUUUAUAAAUAUUUAAAUUUUUCAUAUUAACUAAAUGUUAUACUUAUUUCCUUUUUUAUUAGUAAUUUUUGCUAAAUUCUGUAACUUUCCAAGGUUCAUUUUUUUUUUUAACAAAGGAAAAAACAAACCCUUCCACUAAAAUACUCUAUUCAUCAGCCUAUUUAUUUUCUAGGCUAUAGGUGUCAUGGAUUUUGUUUUUGGUAUCACUGGUUCUUGAGGUCAUUUUGAACAAAUUAUUCAAGACUACAAUCUGCCUACUUCUAUUACUUAUUUAACAGGGCUGUUGUGGAGAGUUACUUUAAAAAUCCUUUUUAGAAAUGUGCUAGAAAGAUGCUAUAAUUACCAUGAGUUAAUCCCAACCUUUGGUCACUAGUUCCAAAAUGGAAUAACAAAAUAAUUUCAAGUUAUUUUCACCUUUUAGAUAUUCCUGGGUUGGUUGUAUCCCUAAAGGCAGAGCUCUUUUCAUAUUUUAAAAAUGAGUAAUAUUUGGGGUGCUAGGUUCAAAGGAUAGUGAGCCAGGUCCUAGAUUCAGAUUUGGCCUCAGAUACAUCUUAGCUAUGUGACCCUGGGCAAAUCACGUAACCCCAGUUUGUUCUUUACUGCUCUUCUGCCUUGGAACCAGUACUUAAUAUCAAUUCUAGGGUCUAAAAAAAGUAAUAUUGUUUCCUUAGGAAGUUUCAUUUUAGUAUCUGCUAGUGUUGGGCUAUUUUGUGAAAAACUUAAAGAAAUAGUUUUAUAUUUUCUAUUAUGUGUGUAUUGGAAGGGAAAAAAAAUUUAAAUUGCUCUUUGAUAUACACAGGUUUUUUUCUAAAGGCAUAACUAUACCUAUGGCAUAAAUGUUGGUGUGGUACCUACUAGGCUUUAGUACUCAGGACUAAUAAAACUUUCCCACCCUUCUUGAUUAUUACAUUUCUGAUUGCUUAAUGGUGUUCAAUUUAACUUAGUCAUUGCAUGUAGAUUAUUUUUGUAUUUACAUAUGAAAAUAUAAUUAAUAGAAGAUAGUAAUAGAGCCUGUGAAAAAUAAUUUUUACCAUUUCACAUGCUUAAAAAGUCAAAAAUAUACCUUGUCUUAGAAUAUUAUUCUGUUUAUGGUAACCAGUUGGGGAAGAAGAUUUCAUUUAUGGAUGGACAUGAUACCUAACAUGCUGGUCCUUAAGUAACUUUGCCUUGACAUGGAACUAUUGUGUGUGAUGAGGAAAUGGAGGCAAACAAGAUUAAGUGACUUGUCCAGGGUCGCACAGCUACUAUCUUUUAAUGGAAGAAAAUGGAACUGGCCAUGAUGCCAGGAUGGAACAAUCUCAUGAUUUAUUAGUAGCCAACUGUAAUAACACCAAAGAGUCAGAAAGAGAUGCUCAGGUGUUUCAGCAUCUAACCUGCAUGGAUUCCAGGGAUCCUUCCUUUGGACAAAAUGAUUCUUCUGCAGUUUUGCCUAUCACAGUUGGUGUAGCAGAUAAUUUACACCCAUCACAGAAUGUACCAGUCCAGCUGUCCCAGCCACAGUCUCUUUCCACAGAACAGUUUCAUCUAAUAGACCAAAAUGGGCAACCAAUUCAAUAUGAACUUCAGUCAGUAGGGGAUUCUAAUACUCAGAUGAUGAUUGUUACUAGUCCGUCAGAAAAUGGACAGGUGCUUCACGUAAUUCCAUCCACUCAGACAGGAAUGGCACAAGUUAUUAUUCCUCAGGGACAGCUCCUGGAUGUGACCAGUCCUCAGGAUGCUUCAGAAGAGAAUCCCACUGAUGGACACUUACAGACUGUAGCAGUGGCUGCUAUAGCAGACAAUACCAAUAGUUAUAUUCUUCAUCCACAAGCGUCCCUCUCCUUGCCUAAAAGAACAACAACUAGAAUAGCUGAAGACCCUUUUCCCGUCCCUCUACAAUUACAUCUUCCACAUACUCCUACAUGGGCUAAUCGCCUAAGGAACUGUGAGAAAAUUGGAGAUUCAUACCGUGGUUAUUGUGUGAGUGAGACAGAAUUAGAAAGUGUACUAACACUUCACAAGCAGCAAACACAGAGUGUAUGGGGGACGCGCCAAUCUCCGAGCCCAGCAAAACCUGCUACACGCUUAAUGUGGAAGUCCCAGUAUGUUCCAUAUGAUGGAAUCCCUUUUGUCAAUGCAGGGAGCAGAGCCAUAGUGAUGGAAUGUCAGUAUGGGCCAAGGAGGAAAGGUUUCCAGGCCAAAAAAACUGGUGAGCAGGAAAGCACCUCCUCCUGUCAGCUCUACAAAGCCACUUGUCCAGCACGGAUUUACAUUAAAAAGGUACAGAAAUUUCCUGAUUAUCGAGUUUCUACUGACCCCAAAAUUGAUAGAAAAAUCAUAAGAAUGGAACAGGAGAAAUCCUUUAACAUGCUAAAGAAGAAUUUGAUAGAUGCCGGAGGAGUUAUCAGGUGGUAUGUACAGUUGCCCACCCAAAAGGCUCAUCAGUAUCAUGAAUUAGAAACAUCUUGCCACCCUCCUUCUCCUUCCCCUGUCCCUGUGUCUUCACUUGAAGAUGAGGAAGAUACAGUUCGGGAUGAGAACUGUACUUUAUCCUCACGUCUACAUCCACAAGUAGCAGAUAAAAUCAGAGAGCUGGUAUCUCAGGGAAUAGAACAAGUCUAUGCAGUGAGGAAACAACUAAGAAAAUUUGUAGAGAGAGAAUUGUUCAAACCUGAUGAGAUACCUGAAAGGCAUAAUUUGUCCUUUUUCCCAACUGUGAAUGACAUAAAAAAUCACAUUCAUGAGGUCCAGAAGUCCUUGAGAAACGGAGAUAUGGUGUAUAAUUCAGAAACUCUUCCAGCUACGCUCCAAUGGACCACAGACAGUGGGAACAUUCUCACAGAGACUGUAACAGUUACAUUUGCAUCACCAUCUAUUGAGGGAAGCUCACCAGGAGAAUCGAUUAUCACUAAAGUGGAAGCAAAUCAGACAGGGGAGUCUUUGUCUCCAGAGACAGCCCAGUUACUCUCUUCACUCUCUUCACUUCAGCCCAAAAUAUUUGCACAGUUGCAGGGUUUACAGUUACAACCAGCAUUCACCUCUACCGAUGGAACAACUGCUUUGAUAUCAGUAAAUAAUCACUCCCAUUCUACUUCUUCAAACCUUCUGGAUUCAGUAGGAAGUGUUGCAUUGAACCAUUCUCUCGUGCUCACUCAAGGACAUAACCUUCAAGCAGGAACCUGCCUAACACACAAUCAUACUGCUUCCUCUACACUGGAUAACAUUCCAGGACCGGAUCAGAACCUUGUUACAAUGGGUCAACUGGUAGCAUUUGGAGGCAUUGAGGAUGCAGCAAGCCUGGAAGGAAGUGUUCAUCAAAUAGUUUUGGGAGAUGUACAAACCAUUCCAAUCAGAAUUGUGAACAACCAUCCAACUCUUAUUGAAGAAAAUCCACAAGGUACCAUUUCUCUGAGUCAUGUUAAAGAAGAACCCAGUGAAUCAACAUCAUCUGAGCAAGCAAAUAAUAGCCUGGUCAGAAAUACCUCAUCCAUGAUUUAAGUUUCUCCAGACUUUUAAGACUUAAAUUUUGAAGAAUUCAACUGUGUUGGAAAUGAAAGUAGUGUCAAAAUAGUGCCAUUCUUCACAGUGGCAUUGUAAAGAGUAUUCUGUAAAUUUUUUCUGAUGGGUACUUUCUUUCAUAUAAAACUGAUAAUGAUUUGUGCCAAUUCAAAGUCAUUGUUACCUUAUAAGAGAGUUUCUUAUUUUUUUCAGUUUUGGGUAGAUCUGCCAUUUCCAGAUUGUCUGACUUAGCCAAUAUUUCAAAAGAUAGGCUAAAAUGAAUGAUUUGUAAAGGUUUGGUGCCAAUGUAAAUGUUUCUCCUACUCAUCUCAUAAAACAUCUUAUCUGAUUUUGGUGCUUCAUAGCUGACCAAAACAUGCUAUUAAAUACAUCAGUCAUUAUAGCAGACUUUUUUCCCUUUUCUUAUUUUCCUGUGUGUGUUCUUUUUUUUAAAGAAAGAAGAUGCUAGGGCUUAACCUACUAAGGGAGAAAAAUGGCUUUUAUUAACAGAGUUUGUUUGACACUAGUAGAAAAAAGUACUGAAACAAUGAAGAAACUGAAUAUAAGGAAGAAAGUCAUAUUCCAAAGAUAAAGAAAAUAUGGAUGAUAAGUAAUAUUGCAAAUAUGAAGAAGAAUGGGUUUCAUUUGUUAAAAAUCAUUUUCAAUAUUAUAAAUUAUUUUCUCUUAGGUUACAAUCUAUUUUACCUGGAAAUAGUGGUUUUUAAAAUUAUGACCACUAAUGACCCAUAGCCACUUCAGCUGAAAUGUGGCUGCACUUUAGCUAUUUCCCUUCAACAUUUUGCACUUCCAGUUACAAAAAAAGAACUCAUUAAUUUAUAAUUUUCAGAAGGAUACUUGGAAUAUCCUAAGUUCAGAGAAUUACUUAUGUAACUUGAAUUACACAGAAAAGCAACAGAAGUAAAUGUAGCAUAUAAAAAUAUUGUCUUUAUAGCUAAAAUACUACCUACCAUCAGUGGAAUUAGAAAAAAUUUAAAAACAUUAAAAAGUUCCCAGAGUUUACAGACAAUUUAUAAAGCUUUUAAAAUUGUUCUCAGAUGAUUUUUUUUUGCUACAUUACUUUGAAGAUCUAUACCAAGUUGAAAAAAAACAGGAACAUAUUUACAUUUUUUCUGUGCCAAACAAAAUUCUUUAUGGAUUGACUGGCAUUUAAAACUAAAAUGUUUCUAUUAAAAUAUUUAUGCACAAAUUUAUUGUUACUUAUAAUAAUAAAAUGUAUUGAGCCACUGCAUUUACUAAUUAAAUUAUUUACUUCAACUGCAAUGUAUCAUAGUAGCAUUUUCAAUAUAAAUCCCUGUUUUCAAGUUUGAUGUUGACAGAAAAGUCAAGCAUAGUUGGUUAGUAAUUCAGCUUCAUGACAAUUUUUCAAAAAAAAAUUUUUUUUUCAUUUAAAAGGACUUAUCAGUGUUACGUAUCAAAGAUCCAGAAUUUUCACAUGGAUGUUAGUGUUAAUAUACAGGGCAUAGAAAUGCAAAAUGAUGUUUGAUGUUAAUAUUUUGACUACUCAAAUCACUUUUUGUUUUUCUAAAGUGAUUAAACAAAGUCAGGAAGGAUUCUCAUCCUUCAUCCAUUUCAGUUAUUUUAGUGUCUGUCAACAUUUUGAGAGGUCUUUCAUUCCAGGUGGAUGAAAAAUAGAACCUGUGUCAUAAUUAUAAAUGUCUAUUUUCUUUUUUAUAUUUAAUUUUGUACUUUUAAAAUUAUUUAAUGUAAAGUUUAAUUUUUAUUUAAAUCUAAAACUUUUUAGUGAGAAGCAUUUUCUUUUCUGAGAAGUGAAAAUAUUUAACAUGGACAUUCAUAGUGGCUCCAAAUCUACCAGAUCUAAUUAUGUUAAGUCUGUGUUAUACUUGAUAAAUUUUUCUUUUGUUAAGUCCACUGAUAAUUUACCUUAAACUUCAGUUUCAACUAACAUUUGUAGUAUUUUGACUGAAGCCAGUGGGUGAAUUUGUUAAGAGUUGUCCAUAUUAAUUUCAAAGUUAGAGGUUUGGAGACUAAAAAUGAUUACUUUUAUUUCCAUUGCUACCUCUCACAUUGGUGUUUUGUUAUUAUUCUCUUCCUUAUGAUUUCAAACACUAAAUAUCAGUCUUAGAAGUUAAUUAUUUGACCUGACAUUUUCAUUUGUCUUUUGAAGUUUUUGAAUUAUUAAAUUAAAAGUACCAAUUAAGAUGCUUAUUUUGUUCAGUUACUUUAUGCUAAAGAGAUGUCAGAGAACAUAAACCAUAAUUCUUUAUCUGAAGUUCUUUUUUUACAAAUAUUCUUCUCAUCUCAUUUUGCUUACUCUCUGCUUUUUAUAAUUGGAACAGAAAGCAACAGCGUAUCUUGAAAACAAAUUUAAAAGAAUGUUAAAAUCUAUCUUAACAUUCUUCUAGUUUUACAGGUAGACGGUGGAAAUAUCAGUAUUUCAUCUGGAUCUUUCAUUGAGUAGUUUUUCCAAAUACGUUCUAAAAACUUAUUUUUUAUCCUCCAGGUGCAUGCUCAUGUUAUAUCAGUGUUGUCUUUGAAGGUGCCUAGGCUUUUGUUACAAAAAAUGUGUUUACAUAUUUCGUCUUAGAUUUGUUUUAAGGCAUGUGAUGAAUUUGUCAUAAUGAUAUAACAUUUUCUAUAACCACACAGUUGGCAUUCUCCUCCUAAUUGCUAAUUGUAAAGUUUUUCAUGUUCUCUUGUGUGUAAUAUAUGAUGAGGUAAACCCAGGUAGUGAGAUUGUGCAUUUAAAAUAAGCAGAUAAGAUUUCAGAAUUGACCUUUGAGCAAAUUUCUGAACUAUUGACUAUCAUAAUAUAGUUCAUAUUCCCAGCCACCAAAAUUUUUUCAAGCCCAAGUCAGUUAUAAUUAAAUAACUAUAAUUUCCCUCAGUCAGUUUCCCAUAAAAGCAAUUAAUAUCUUUAAAACAAAAGACUUAUGCAUGAAGAAACUGUUGACUACAAUGCAGGAAAGUAAUAGAAAACAUGAAUUCCUUCUUCUGGUCUUAUACUAAGAGAUUUUUAGUAUUAAACCAAAGAAAUCCAUGUUUUCUCUUUCUUUACCUGUUUUAGAGACAUGCUUAAUCAUGUGGAUAUGAAAAAUGUUGUUUAACUUGUAUAAAGUUUAAAAGAGAUAAAGUGUAUAUUUAUUGUAACUUAAUGUAUAGUGUUCUUGUUAUAAUGUAAUUUUUUAAAAACUCAAACCAAAAAAAGCCUUUUUUAAAAAACUUGUUAUAAAAUUUUUUAUAUUUCCCUUGGAGAUUGAGGUGCUUUUUGUUUAUUUUGAUGCUAUAAAAUAAACAUCUUGUUACCUGAA